AUGACGGUGGAUGAGCUCAUGAUCAGAACAGCUCCAGGCUGUGACAUCACAGAGCCCCCACCCCUGUCACAGGAGCAGAGGGGUCAUGAGGCCAUGGCAGUGGGUGUGGAUGUGGCUGCACCCAGCCUGGAGAGUGCCGAGACCUUGGCCCCGGGAGCAGAGUCUCCGCUCUUCUUGGACAGACCUGACUUCUUUGAUUACCCAGACUCGGACCAAGCCAGGCUCCUGGCACUGGCCCAGUUUAUUGGAGAGAGACCUGUCAUCUUUGAUAAUCCAGGUUCCAAGUCUGGCUUCUUCCAUCACAUCCUGGUGGGCGCUCUGGUAGUGGCCUUCUUCUUCCUCCUUUUCCAGUUCUGCACACACAUGAGCUGCCAGAAAGGGGCCUAAAGAGCUGGACAAGGGCCCUGCACUCUGCCCUGGGUGUCCAAACCUGCCCUCUUCUCCUGGUGAUG